AUGGAGCCUUUGAUUGGUUUUCCUGACGCCAUAGGUGGAUCAGCGCUGUGGGUAGCUGAGGCAUGCUGGUCCAUCCUUGCGUGCCAUUGCGAGAAGCUUCAAAGCAAUUUUGGUUCACGGCUACGGGGCGUUGAUGCCCAAGCGCUGGUUCCUCGGGCUGAACGUCGAAGAUGCGGCAGAUCACACUUGGAGCCUCAAGACCUUCAGGGUGGAUCUCUUCCAUACGAUGUGCUGCAAUCCGUUAGCAUCAGCUUUUCUUGUCCGGAGCACAUGUUGCAGUUGCAGGCCGGCUGCCGCAGGCUGCGAGAAAUCCUUCUGGACCCAAGGGCGUGGCGACACCUUUCCAUUCACCUGGACACCUUUUCCAACGUCAGCCUCUGCCAGUUUGCCAGGUCAAUCAGGUUCAUACCUGUGUGGUCUGAGGCUAGCGAGAUUGUCGUCUGCAAUAGACAUCUGGGAAGGUUGCCGCUGUCAGCGCUGCCGCAGAAUCUGUCCUUGGCAUGGUCGCUGCGCCAGCCCGAAAUUUCGAGAGUCUUCAGACACGCUUGCUUUUCGUGGGAAUCCACUGAGAACCUGUUCGGGAGAGCAGCGUGUGCCUUGCAGAUCAGGCAGGCGUGCGGGCUCCUGCUUGUUGGUAUCAAGAAGAGAGAUGGCUUGCACCCUUGGCCGUUGCUAAGCCAGCCCAGAGCUAUCUUCUGUCGCAUUCGCAAACCUUUCGAGACUGACAUGGAAAUCAGUUUUGGCAGAAGCGACGACGUACCUGUGCCAGCGCUACGCAUAGGCGGACCUCUCCCAGGCAGACGUGAUGAGCAUCUCGUCGAGGUUCGGUGGGACAGAUGGACGAUGUGGGUUGUGAUUGAUGGAGUUGCUCUACCCGCUCUCCAAGUACACCCGCACGUGCAGCAAGAACUGGGAGUGUUCACCAAGUUUUUUGUUCGAAUCUUUGCUCCUGCCACAGCGUCGCAGGCUGGAUUUACAGUGCGGCCAACUCCAUGUCCUGUGCAAGCAAAUUCACCUGUCAGUUGCUUCAAAUGUCAGCGAGUGAUACUGCUUGGGUCAGGCAAUGUCAAAGCGUGCAACCAUUGUUCGGAGUGGUUCUGCGCGCAACAUAGAAGUCUCAUCGACAACCAGCAGAUCUGUCAAAAUUGCGCAGCUGUCUGGCAGGACGCCGUAGGAGGUUCGUGUCCGCGCUCUGACUCGUUGAUGUGCUCCUGCGCGGCUGCAGACUGCAAUCUGUCAGGCUACCCGUGCUCAGAACAAGCAGAAGUCAAGCGUUCUAUCUGCGAACGAACGCACGCCCUCGUGCAGUCUCGAUGGACUGUUUGUAUCCUUGCUGGCACACGGUUGUGCCGAUCACACGUCGAGAUAGUACCAUUUUCUAACUGCCCCACGCAGCUUGAUGACUAUCUCGGCGGCAGUUUGGUGCAGCAGUCUGAUGUCUACACCAUCACCUGCGCGUAUCAAACGGCCUGCAGCAUAUGGCAGUCAAUCGAGAGAUCGGGCCCCCUCGACACAAGCUACACAUUGGAAGCUACAGAAUCAUCUGACGGUCGAAGCAAGUCCAUGGCUGUUAUUUGCGACAUCAUGCGGGAACGUUCUGAUAACAUAGUCGCAUGGAGAACUGAUGCCUGCCACUGUGCCUUGCGGGUACAUGUGGCGAUCGCACGGUGUCGGAAAGAGCGGAGCGCGUACUCAGUACAUCCCACACCCGCGCAAGGGUUGCACCCUGCGGACAAGGGCUCUCUGUCUGCUGACAGCUCUCGGCUGCACGACUACGCAGGUGGCGCAUCUCCUGCUGCAAAUGUGGCAGCGUCACAAGACAGUUUUGCUGCCCGCGUCGAUCGAGAACUGCAAGAAGAAAUGGCAGGGACAGACAUGGCUUUAGCAGAUAUCAAGGAAGAGCGAAUCGAAGCAGCUGCUGCAAACAUCGUCCUUGAAGGACCAGAGGACGCGGACGACAAGGUUUGGGAAGUUCUGAAAAAACGGCGUCUGUUGCCUGGUGCUGCGACGUCGGACCAGGACUUUGACAGUUUGUUUGCUGGCUUAGAAGCAUCCCGAGUUGCGUUUCAGAAUGAUCCCGCCGAUCAGGCUGACCAGUCAAACAGCAUUCCUCAAAUAGUUCAGAAGCACAAGUUCCAGAUUUCAACAGACUUUCCGGAUCUGUCUGAGUACAUGACGAACCUUAUGACAGCUGCAGUUGCAGUUCUGAGCUUACGGACCGUUGAUGUGUUUCAGCGCGAGAAUGCCAUGAUGCUGUUCAUCAUCGAGGGUGAGAAGUAUAUGCGGUUCCACCAUGGGGACUGCUACGUCCUACAUGCAAGCGGGGCUUUCCAACACUACAAAGGCACUCGCCGUGUAGAGCAGGAAGUUCUUCAAGCAGUGUCACUGCUGCUGGAAGGCUCCGAUUGCGAACAAGCGUUACUUGAAAGAUGCCGCAUCGCCGCAGCCAACAACCAGGGUGACGCGCUGCUAAAAAGCAGAAGGGCAAGCCAACAGGCCGAUGAGCAAGACGAGGUACCCGCCGGAGAAGUCCCAGCCAACCACUGGCACAUCUAUUGCGCUCGCAUGAUCAUUGCACUCAAGCGCAACAUCAUUCGAGACCUCUCGGACGAGAAGCUAAUUUCGUACAUGGUCGAGUUUUGUGAACGACCCAUGAGUCAUGUUCCAGGCUGCUGCUACAACGACUACUGUGUCGAGUAUCCCAACAAUGGAUCAGCUCGGCAGGUGGAGCGAUCAAGCAUCAGGGACAUUUACACGCACAUUCCGCACAGCAUCAAAAAGUUCGUGCCAGACCAUGUCAUGACACGCCUCACAAAGUUCUAUCGACAAACUUUCUGGAGCAACGUCGAGGCCCUGGCGAAGAGAGGCAUCAACGUCGUGCGGCUCUUCAUGGGACUUUCAUCCGGCGGCGUUGGUCAGUCCUUAUAUUCGGCGCAUCUAGAGGCAAUGUACGUCCACAACUUUGCCUAUUUCGACCCGCAAAUUUGGUUUAAUGAAGAAGAGAUGCGCAAGCAAGUCGAACAGCUCAAUGGCCGGUUUGUUCUUACAGGUCAAGAAGCACCUGGCACCAAUCGGCGACUCCGCGAGGAUCUCUACAAGAAGUUCAUGUCAGGCGAAGGCAUUACCGGCCGCAAGCCGUAUGGCCUCAGAACGCGGAUGAUUGAAUGCAAAGGCUGGAAGCGGUUGGAGGCGAACCGCCUUUUCCAGUUUCUGAACGUGACGCCCCGGGACUUCAAUGCCAUUCUGAGGCGUGCUCUAGUCUUCCGGAUCAAAGCGCGCUUCGAGGACCCCAGGGCUAUUGACAGCGCGUAUGAGGACAUUGACAAGGACGGCAUCUUCGCCAAGGACCAGGAGCUCAAGGACUUCUUGACCUCGCCUCAGGCGAUAUGCGCAGCCUUGCAGCUGCAGCAUGCCUUCGAAACGCAGCACAACCAACAGGAUUGUCUACAGAUGAUCGAGAACUACGCGCAGUGGGGCGGUGAUCAUGGUUUGACCGAGAAAACCAUGCGAGAGGCGUGCGGCAUGAAGCCACGCGACAUAAGAGGAAUUGCGCGCCGAGCGCACACUUUGAUUGUCCUUGAGGAGGACGAAAAGGACUCGGACGACGAUGAUGUGCAAAGGCACUGGGACACAAUGCGCACGUUCCUCGUCAAUCAUCUGCUGGGUCUUCGGCGCUUCGACGUAACAAAGCCGAUGCUGUUGCGCAUGAAGGUUCCUGCAGGGCCGAACGUCUCCAGGGAAGAGCUGGUCGACCAACUUCUGCGCAACAAGGUCAUUGUCGAGUCAGCUUCUCGAGGAAAGACUCUGGAGGUUUACAGGCCAGCGGUCGAAUGCCUCAAUCUCUGUUCUGUCUUGGACUGGAAGAACCUGGAGUCAGAGUCCACAUUUCCAGAGCUACUUCACUUGAAAAACUUUGCAGAAUAUGUCCGAGGCUGUGACGCUAGGCGGGAGAAUGCGUACCUGUUGGGCGCCUUCUACCAGGCGGCCAAGAAUCCCACUGUUCGCGGCCGGCCAUCAAAGCAACUUGCGAGGAACCUGGACAGAAGUGCUGAGGCGCAGAAAAAAGGGCGCAAGAUAUUGGACCAGGAAGAACUGUUCGAGGUAAUCCUUGCAGACCUGGCCGACGAUGUCGGACAGAGCCAAAGCAGCCAACGCAUGCAAUCAGAGCCCGCCAAGAGACGCCGAUGCUUGCCCGAAGUGAAAGAAGAAGGGAGGGAGGCGAAGCCAUGUGUUCAAGAGAUCGUCCAUGUUCAGCGCUCUUAUUCGUAUUCUUCAGCUGUGUCAUUCAGAUCCCGGAAACAAGUGGUCGGCCUUGGUGUGCAGCGUCUAUGCAGGCGUGCGCAAGUUCGUGUAGCUGCCGGAACUGUGGAUCUGGACGUCGAGAAUGCUCUUUUCACACUGAUGCACCAGCUCAUUACAAGGCUUCAGCUCCGGCCAGCUCCGCCCAACGAUGUGACAGAGACCAUUCGCGCGUGCGCUCAAGACCGUGAUCGCGUGUGUAAAGAAACUCUGCAGCUUUCCAAGGAAGAGGGAAAGGCAUUGCUUAUCAAAAUCUUCAAUGGCGCCUCAAUUCCGGACUCUGUGCAACAUGGAAAAGCUUUCCUCCAAAGCCUCUCGAAAGCGGCGCUGUAUUUGCGCUGGGCUGUUGUCUUGAUGUUCCCAGACGAGUACGCUCGCUUUCAGGAGCCGGACGCGGAAAAGAAUAACCCAGAGGCUUCACUGCUUUCGCAUCUCUACUACAUAGUAGAAGAUGUGGUCCUUUCGGCCAUGGCAGACGUCCUCUUGCAAGGUUCGCCAAAGCAUCUAUCUCUUCACUACGACGGUGUUCGUGUUUCGCGGCCUGAAGGCAAAAGCGUCGAAGAUCUUUGCAAGAGCAUCCAGCGACGUGUGAAGGAUGCAACUGGAUUUGAGGUUGUGCUUCGAGAGAAGCGUCAUCGCAGCGUUCUGCAAAUCCUAUCCGACACAGCAAGGUCAAAAGUCGGUUCUUCGUUGCCAAUGGAAUCUGUGCUGCGGCAAAAUGGCAACUGCAUCCCUGCAGCUGUGGCUCUCCUUCUGGCGAAAAUCUCAGACGUGGAAGAGGCGCUGUCAGACAACGGUUGCAGAGAAAAUGCCAGCUUCAAGAAGCGUGCUCUGCGAUCAUAUAGAGAUUGCGCAACUCUUCUACAUCUACAAUUCUUGCCACAGCCCGAUCUGAGUCUAGGAUGCUGGAAGCCUGGGAACUUUUUGCUGCAUGUGGAACACGAAGGACAACCUCAUUGCGUCGGCUUGCGUGUCAACAGCGUGGAGUCUAUAGACGUGAUUGACGCGUGCGGCGAGUCCCGGAUAGACUCUUCUAUCUUAGAGGAGGCAUUGACCGCUGGACUGGACGCGUGCUCUGCAAUGGUUUUCAAGAUAUGCAAAGCUGGGCGACUAGCCGACAAUACCUUGAAAGAAGGGAGGCCAGCAAUCGAGCAGGAUGACGUCGUAGCGUGUGUGUCGUCGGAUGAUGUCUCUGCGCUGAUAGAAGUGAGCUCUGAGAGCUCUGACGAUGGAAAGUCUCUGCAAAAACAUUGGUUGGAUGAAGCUGCGCAGGUUCUUACCGAUAAGCAGCUUCUCGAUGACAUGAAGGCAGAGAUAGAGGAGUUCCUAGCCAGCGGAAGUUCGCAUUGCUUGGUUAGGACAAAGCAAGGGCUCCGAUGUCCUUUCUGUCCAUGGCGCUGUUUCAGGUGUGAGUCACGCGUGCUGCAACAUGUUCGAGAUCAUCACGCCAGUCAGCGGCAGUACUGCUGUUCUGGUACCAAGCAAGUUCGAGUAAUCUUGGCCUUGCACGACGCAGACAUGAUAUCUGGUGUCCGAGAUGGUGCCUAUGUUCAACGCAGCGCUUCGCUGCUGAGGGAGUGGCUGGUCUUAAGAGGUAAUUAUAGUGUUCUUCCUCCUAACUUCAACUAA